AUGGAUCUAUCACGCCCAUAUGUGAAUUUUCGAAAGCAGUUUGGAAAGCAGCCAAGGUUUUGCGAAGUGCCAGUUCAUCUCAUAGAUUCUAUCGCUCCUAAUAAAGGUGAGCAAAGAAAAUAUUGUUUACGAAAUACAGUUAAUCAAGAAGUGCAAACGAUUAUUUCAAAAUCCGAAAAUGAGGUAAACACGCAUCGGAUCACGUCUCAAGAACAAGGCGUGAAUCAUGUUGAAGGAGGCUGGCCGAAAGAAAUUAAUUUCUUAGACGAGGAAAUUACAUCAAGAUAUCGACACCGUGUUGAACGAGAAGAUACUUAUGUUGAAGUCAUUCUAAACCAGUAUGAGAACUUCGAACAUUAUCUUAAGCAAAAUAAUGCUAUAGAAAUGUACGAAAUGUUUUACAAAAAAAUGCCGCACACUCAACUAAUAGAAAAAUCGGCUUUGCGAAUCAAUAGUCUUUUAAGAGACACAGAUAAUCGCCCAAUAGCAUGUAUUGGAUGGUCUUGUGAAGAUAAUCCCAAAAUAGUUGUGGCGUACUGUAAUAAAAAAUAUCCAAUUCGUGGUCCCAUUAAUUCAAAUCUAUCGUGUUAUGUGUGGGAUGUGGAGUAUCCCCGUGCUCCAAAUGAUGAGUUCUAUCCGCCUUCACCAUGUUGGGAAAUAGCAUGUUCACCCAUUAAUCCAUCCGUGGUAGUUGGUGGUUUAGAAGACGGUACUGUUUGUAUAUUCGAUCUUAGGUCUAAUAAAAAUGCUGAUGCGAAAAGCCCAAUGCACCUGGCCCACCGGGAUCCGGUUUCUGCACUUGUAUACAUACAGUCUAGGCAGAACAACGAAUUUUUUAGUGGGUCUACUGAUGGUUCUUGUAAAUGGUGGGAUAUCCGUCAGUUAUCGAAUCCAACUGAAACACUCAUAAUGUCCGUAAAUGCUGUUCAGGGCGAACAAGCAACGUUAGCUAACUCUGAAGGUGUUUACUCUUUGCAAUAUGAUAGGGCGUUUCCAACGAGAUUCCUCUGUGGUACUGACACAGGUUUGGUUAUUAACGUUAAUAGAAAAGGAAGAACUCAUCGAGAAAUGCUGAGCGCAGUAUUUCAUGCACAUAAAGGACCCGUUAAAGCAGUUCAUCGCAGCCAAUGUACAUCAAAAAUGUUUCUAACUUGUGGUGACUGGACGGUUCACAUUUGGAGCGAGGAUAUCUUAAGUUCCCCGAUUGUCUCAGGUAUUCCACAUCGCCACCAAAUAACCGAUGCUGUUUGGGCUCCACAAAGAUUUUCGAGCUUCAUGACCGUUAGUGUUGAUGGCAAAUUCCGGUAUUGGGAUAUCUUACGUAAAUAUCGUGAGCCUGUCGCUGUGUUACCAGUAUCAAAAAAUCCACUUUUGAAGAUAAAACCGAAUGAAGAAGGUCGUUUGAUAGCAAUAGGUGAUGGAAAAGGAAUGAUUUAUAUUUUAUCUUUGUCUGAAAAUCUAAUUAUACCAGGUGAUCGAGAUAGGCAGUUAAUGACACAAACUUACGAUCGCGAGACUCGAAGAGAACACAUUUUAGAGGCCCGUGUUAAAGAAAUUCGUGUGAAAUUAAAAUCAGAUGACAAAGCAGCUCAAGCGGCUACUAAAGCAAGUCCAGCUGUUGACCUGGAAAGCCUGCUAAAAACCACCGAAGAAGAAUACAGAAGGGUUGUAUCUGAAGAGCUACGACGUGCCGGAAUUACACCGGUAUCUUCAAGAGGUCGAGGUGCUGAAAUGCGAAAACGAUAA